GUUAAUUUAACAUUUUUGGUUCAAGAUACGAAAAACGGCAGCUCAACCCUUUCUCCAAAUAUUCAACUUUGCCGAUGUGAGAACGGUGGUGAAUGUUUUGUUCCUGAAGCUACAUCAGAACAAGACGCAGCAAUCGAAAAUACUUUUCUUGUUAUGUCUUGCAAUUGUCCUUCUGGUUAUACCGGGGAAUUCUGUGGAGACGUGAGAGAUUUCUGUGCGGGAGAAUUGACACCAUCUUGUAAUGCCUUGGUCACAUGCACUAAUUCUCCAACCGGUUUCACGUGUGGGGAUUGCCCGAAUGGGUACGAUGGAAACGGACAGAUAUGCUCAGGUCAGUUAAUUAACCAAUUUUGGAAAUAAUUGGCUGUUCUUAUACUCCUUCCACUAGUUUGCUUCCACAGUGUCAUAUGUGGCGCUGGUACGUAAUAUGCUUUAACGACAUAGAAUGCUAAUCUAUGGGUAUGUAUAGCUUAUUGAAAUCAACCAUGCAUACGCUUUUUCAAUUACUUAAGGUUGCGACUCCAAUUUUGAGCCUUGUCCAAAAUAUGGAAAUUAAGUUUAACGUAUAUUAUAAUGUUUUGAACAGGGAUUUUAAAGAAAAUUUCCACAUAUAUUAACUCUUAAAUUGACAAUUUGUGCUGAAUAUCUCCUAAGUCAUUCUGGAUGGCAAAUAGUGAGUUAUUUUGGUCAGUAAAAUACUAAUCAAGGCGCGGUGACAUAAUGUUAUUCACUCUAUCCGGUAAAAGUCUGAAACAUAUAUUAAAGUAACGUGGUAAAACUACAAAAUGUAGGGAGGGGUUUUUUUUUGUUUUUUUUUUUGGGGGGGGGAGGUGGACAUUAUCUAUACCGCAGCACAAUUUAAAUUUUUAGUUUUAGGAGGCGGCGCUUAUGGAGGGCGGUUUUUAUUUGAGGAUGGCGCUCGCGCUCUUUAUUAAUUGCUUUAAUUAAUUUACCCUAUAGAUAUUGACGAAUGUGAAGGAAAUCAAACGGUUUGCGACCAAAUAUGUACGAACACAGUGAGUUCCUACUUUUGUGGAUGCAACGAUGGCUUUUCGUUAGGCUCAGAUGAAAGAAAUUGCAGUGGUAGGUACAUAGUAGAGAACAUAACUGCAUGAGUGAAUUGUUCCCAAACAGCCUAGUUAGUAUCAAUAAUACCAAAAUUUAGAUGAGAAUUGGAAAAAAAGAUGUACACGGCUGCAUGCAUAUGGACAGAAAGAUUGAUAAAUUGAAAAAUAGAUUGAUCCAUCCACCUGAACAAGAGACCAUGCAGUCAUCAGCUUCGUUGACACGUUCUUGCACUAAUUUGACCGACAUUAAUUUGUAUCAAAUAAAGUGUCCACUGCGAACACUUUAAUUUAGCCACCAGAAUAGGCUACAUAAAAUUAAUGUUAAAAGGUGGUUCGAUACAGUUUUCAAAAACUUGGCUGUCUAUAACAGUUCGAUCGCUCUAAACGUCGUAUUUUUAAGUUUUAUGCCUGAGAUAUCAGGUUAUUUUUUUUUAAAUGUUUCUUCUUUCGGAUGAUAUGUUUUAUUUUUGGUAUAUUGAAAGGUUUAGGUGGCAAAACUUAAUUUAAACAUAACAAUGUUUUCUUUUAAGUAAAAAUUAAAUAUAUUUUAUCUGUUAUGCAAUAAAUAUUUUGUAUAUAUUUUAAAAUUAUAGAUAUAGAUGAGUGCUCAAGACCGAAUAACUGUAGUCAGCUGUGCAAGAAUACAGUCGGCUCAUAUGAAUGUCACUGCAGGAUCGGAUUUUUAAUCAAUUCUGAUGAUCCCACAAGCUGCACAGGUAAAAUAUUCAAACCAUUUCGAUUUCCGCUCUAUCAUCUGAGACGAUUAAUGAGCCCAUUGUAUUCACAAACAAAAUUGAGCAAUAUUUCUAGGUUUUGUACACACAAUUUCGGCCAAAAAGUCUAGUUUACGUAAAGCAAUAAGAGAGAGAGAUUCUCCGCAAAAUCCCACCAGUGCUAAAGAACACAAUCGAUUUUUUCUAUGAACUGGCAAAUGAUUUGCAAAAAAUAUUAAUGUGAUGAUUUGAUCAUAACACCCAGGUGAUGUGAUUCGCCAAAAUAAACCACGCGCGGGAAUCACGCAAUCAAGAUGGCCGACAAAAUAUACUAUAAGGAGUGUUAAUUUAAAAUAUGAGCAAGAGUGUUUAUCAGAUAUAAUAUACCUGAUAAAACACGGACUGCGAGUGUUCGAAAUGACUUCACGACCAUCUGAUGAGUUCAUUGGCGACGAAAUUUCAAAAAUAAUUAAACGUUGUCUAAGCCGAGUAAAGCAAAGCUAAAGUUUAUGUAAAUGAACAAGAUUUUUAUCACAUAUAUAAUAUCACCGAUACAGCAGUGAUUUCCCUUGUCUUCUCCUCAUAAAUUACAAAUGCGUUUUUAAUAUUUGUUUUUCAAAAAUCAGGAAACAACUAAAUAACUUCAUUUUCAGCGAAACUCCAAUGUGACGCCAAUAAUGACUGUGAUCAGAUAUGUUACAUCGAUCCACUUCAAGCCGGACAAGAAAAAUGUGAUUGCAAUCUUGGAUAUAGCCUUCGAGAAUCAGAUAUGAAGUCGUGCGACG